CCCAGGCUUGCCCUGCUGUGGCCAGGACAGCACGGAGAGGUGAGGCGGAUUUUGAUUCUGGCCUUAAGGUGUCUUGGGCUUUAGCAGCCAUUGCGCCAUGUGCUAUUGCCGCUGCCUAGAGACCAACCUAAGUCCCAUAUAGGGGCCCCAGCCUACAACAUGGUCUCUAGGGCCAAGUUUCAAUCCCCCUGCCUACUGGCACAGCUCUACUCCAACCCGCGGCCUCCCUGGAGGAUCUGGCCCUGCCGGGAUUCCCCCAGGCCUGGUCGUUCCCGCAGACGUCCCAGGAGCUCGUUCCCGCGGGUCCCAUGGUCGCUAGGCUGCAGGCUGGGGCCCAGGUCCUCUCUGCUGCGUUGUCAGAGUGUGGUGCAAGUGGCAGCGCAUGGCGGCAGAGCCCGGGCGCUCGUGGACUCAGGCUCGCACUGUGUACGGCGCUAAAGAGGCGCUGAGGCGAGGCAUAGGCCGCCGGCAAGACCCCAGCGCGCAGCCCAACGGGCCGGUCCCCGAAGAUAUCCGCGCCCCGGGCCGCCUGGCUCGCCUGCGUGGCCAGCUGCGGGCCGAGCCGGCGGGGCGAGCCGAGGGGCCGCGGCUGCUGCGGUUGGUGGAACGCGCGGGCGCGCGAGCUGGGGCGGCGGGGACCAGCGAGAGGAGCGAGGCGCGCAGCGGAGGCUCGGUGUGCUCGGUGUGCGGGGAGCCGCGCGGCGGCGCCACCUAUCCCGCUGGUGUCCUGGAGGUGAGCGAGCGGCGGCUGCAGGAGGGACUGGCGGCCGUGCGUGCGGAGCUGGGCGCGGGGCUCGAGGCGCUGCGCGCGGAGCUGCGGACCGAGCUAGACGCUCUGCGAGCUCUCCUGCCGCCGCCGCCGCCGCCACCGCCGCCCGCUCGCCGCGAGCCCCGCGGUCCCGCCCUGCUGCGGGCCCUCGGCACCGUGAACGCGUUGGUUUCAGCCUCGAGGGCCACGGAGAACGGUCCGGACGCCCCAGCCGACGGCCUGGCAAACCGAGCCGUGGCCCGGAAGAACCACAAGAAAACCCCAGUGCCUCCAACGGCUGCACAAGGCGGAGGAGAUUGAGGGGCUCUGGCGGCCCCAGAAGGGAGCAAAUUGGUCCUCCUAUACGGACUCCCCAGAUGCCGCCAAUGAUGCUCCAUUAUUUAAAGGGCUGGCGGCAGAGGCUGCGUAGAUGGCUUUGCGCUACCCCGGACUGAGGCUGCUCUGUAGAGCCUGCUUUAGUCUUGAAGCCGAGGAAGAAUCUGGACCAGAAUGUGACUGCUAUGGAGUUGGCAGAGCCAAGGGAUCUGCAGCCUGGAAGCAAAUGGUUGCACUUUUUUUUUCUUUCAAGUCCUAGGGGCAGGCAGGACCUCCAUGCACUAGAAUAGCACUGUGUAGCAGACUUUAGGGACUUAGGUAGCUGACACAGCGCCACUUGAAUAUUACACCUCUACAUGGCAUGACCCGGACAUCAGUUUGCUAGCCACCACUACUUUCUGAUAAUGGGGCCACUCUCGCACCGUAGCGUCACGUUGUCAGUAUCCUUUGGACUCAGCCUCGGACCAUGAUAAGAACACAGCCCUUCACUCAGCCCUCCCAACAGUCACCCAGCACCAGCUUCUCUCUAGAAAACAUUCCACAGGGUACUAAUUUCCCCAGAGUGUCACCAGGAGUGGCUUCAUAGCACUUUGUCACCAAACGCAACCAACUUAGUGCCUUCUGCUGGAGCCUACUUUUUCUCAAGGACUGGCUUGGGGUCGCAAUGAGGAUCAUCAUUUUAAUGCAAACCCCUUUUUUGGUUACCCAGCUUGUUUUUAAAAUAAAUGUAAUUU